UGGCAUGGUACCUAGCAUCAUAGAUGUAUGAUAGGGGAGUGUUUUGUUCAUCUUAUUCUUCAACCAGCAUAACUCAACUGAAAAAAACGUGAUAAUGUUGUAAGAAUGUACAUAUCGAUAACCACAUCUCUUUUGUUUGUAAACAAUGUUGUUUACUGUAAACAACAACAAAUAGCCCUAGGCAGUAUAAACAUUAUAAUGGAGACACGUGUAUUAGUGUAACUCACAAAUACUAAGAGCUGUAUGCGGAUGAAAGUUUGUAUACACCAUGUAUUGAGUGACCUCUGUAAAAAAACACAACAAUACAUGUUUGUAAACAACAACAAAUAGCCUCAGGCAAUUUUCUUUAAAGUUACUUCUUCGCUCCUCUAACCUGCAAACGGUAUAAAACUUGGUAUGCAUGCGAGUAACAUUACGACUACAUUUUACUUACAUUAAACAACAACCACCAGCCUCAAGCAAUUUUCUUUAAAAUUACUUUUUCAUUGCUCAAACUCGCUAACGGUAGCACACAUGGAGAUGAAACUUAGUACUUACAUUGUUUCCAUGACAACCACAUUUGGUAUGCAUGCGUAUUGCGUUAACACUUUAUAACACUUUUAUUUAUAAUUUUAUUUGUUCACUAAUUAAUGUCUCCCUUUCUUUUUAUACAAUCCCUAUAUGCCUCUUUUUUAAAUUCGCUGAAUUUUUCAUUUACUGGUGUACGCUGUAUUUUAUCAGAGUUCAUUUUGCACUUGCUCUCCUCUUUUUUUCUUAUGACUUGCAUCCUUAGUGGGAUGUGUUUGCUCCUUCAAUGUACCAUGUAGUUGUCUAACAUUCCUGUAUGUAUUCCUGUGUAUAGAUGAGUGCUCGUUCUCAGUUUCAUCAUCAGCCACAACCUUUACAUCGUAUUCAGCCACCGUCUUUAUCCCAUCACACCCACAUACUGCAUCAAGACAUAUCAUCAUUAUCUCAGUAUUCCGAUCCUCCUGCUCUCCCUCCUCGUCCCUCCCGUGAGCCACCCAAGCAAAUGAAAUCUCUUUCACAACAAGUCUCAGAUACUGAUCAUAGUAGCCUUGGCGCGCAUCUGCAGAGAGGGUUACCGUACUUGGUCUGUCUGUCUCCGCUAUUCUGGCAUUACGAAGUGGCCAAUGAGCGAUACCAACGGCUUUGGAGCAACGAGGACAUGGAUUUUAAAAUGGUGAUUUGCCUGAAACCACUGCGUUCAAGAGGCAUGCCGUUGACUGGUUAAAAGAUGCUCCAGAAAUCCUUGAUGUUUGCAUUGCACAGCGAGAUUUUGACAAGGCCAUGGAGUUGAUUGAUGAUGCAAAGGGUUUUUUGAAAAAUUUUCUCGGACUCUCACGCACUUCGCGAUGUACGUGCUCGUAUUAAUCAUCGUAUUACGCAGCUCAGCACCGUACUCAUGAAGGAGUUGGAGUCUUCUCCCAGUGGAUCUCUUCGUGGAGGACCAAGAGCAGCACGUAGAGCUGUUGGCUUGCUCAUCAAACUUGGACAUGCUACAAAAGCCUGUCAGCUCUUUCUUCUCAACCAUCAGUCUAUUAUUCGUCAUGAUUUGGAUGAUGUUAAAAAUGAAGAGGGUGCCAAUGUGCUUUAUGUGGGAAACAUGUCUGCUGUGUUUGUUUCUGGCUUAAAGAAUGCUGCCAUAGAAUUCCAACGUGCUUUUUGCAGUAACCAUGGAAGUUAUUCUUCCUUCGUUGUUUGGUGUAUGAAUGAGUUGCAAGAAUUUUGUAAGCGUUGUGAACCAGUAAUUUUCAAGAAUGUCCCGUUGACAACUGUUACUGACUGUCUCAUUGCAAUUCGCAAGGAGUGCACUAGUCUUACUGCAAUUGGACUUGACCUGAGUUUUAGAAUGAUGUCCAACUUCCAUGUUCAGAUAUUGGAGGCACUUUCCAAUGAAAAAGAAGAUAUUAUUAAUCAAUGCUCCCUGAGCGCCACUCCUGAAAAAUGGAAACCGCUGGACCUGGAGAAUGACCCACCACGACUGGCUGGUAUGUUGUAACACUUAUUGAUACUUUUAGCCUCUACCCA